UGCACAUACUCUCAUCAGACUUGCAGCUCAGCGCUUGCUGCAUACACUUGCUGGGUUGCAACUUUUUAUUCCUCUCUCCCCUCCCUCACUUCGACGAGGCAGCAAUGAAGUCAGAGUGAUGUCAUAUAAGGAUGCGAGUGCCUGGCAAGGUGACAUAGGUUUUUGGUGAGUGGUAUUCUCCACAGCCAGCGUUGCCUAUCGAGAGAGGCGCGGAGCUGCAAAAGAUGAUCAUCACCACCACCUCAAGCUCUGUCACGCUCUCUCCUUUCUCUACUCCUCUUUCGGGCUGUCAUUUCAUGCCAGAAGACCUGACCUGCCUUCCAAAAAUAAGCCUUUACCGCCAUGCCGAAGGAAGAAAAACAAGAAGAGAGGUAUUUUUAGGGCCAUUAACUUUGACCACGUGCCCCGAAGGUAAACUGGAUGGCCAUUGCGCAAAGGUUCUUCAUCGGUAUGUGCAACGAGGCCAGCACGCACUGGACGUUGACUGCAAUUGUUCUCUUGGGGUCUCUAUUGGGGAUUGUGUCAUCAUAUCCGAUUCCAAGCAGGACUAAUGCAACUUUAUUGGAGCAAAGGUGGGAGACCCUCUUUUCCCGCUCUGUUCUGGGAAUCUCUGGGUCGAAAUCGGACAUGAACUGGGAGAGUGACUAUUUGCUGGGCAUCAAGAGAGUGCGGCGACUUUACUGCAAUGUGGGCAUUGGAUUUCACCUGCAGAUCCUCCCUGACGGCAGGAUAAACGGUGUACAUAAUGAGAACCAGUACAGUCUAAUAGAGAUCUCUACGGUGGAGAUAGGAGUGCUAAGUAUGUAUGGGGUGAGAAGUGAGCUGUUUGUCGCAAUGAACAGCAGAGGAAGGUUGUAUGGAACGAAAUUCUUCCGGGACGAGUGCAAGUUCAAGGAGACCUUGCUGCCAAACAACUAUAAUGCCUAUGAGUCUUCGGUUUACAAGGGCUCCUACAUCGCCCUCAGCAAACAUGGCCGCGCAAAGAGAGGCAACAAGGCAACCACCGCCAUGACUGUCACACACUUCCUCCCACGAUUAUUAUGAUCAAAGUUGGCAAUAACUCACUAAUUUGCACAUGUGGAUGUUCUCCCAGGUAAUAUAGAAUUACACAGUAUACAUAUACACCAUUACAAAAGGACUGCAAAAACUACACAAGUAUUUAUUAUCUUUAUAUAUGUAUAUUUGGAUAGCUACCUUUGUAUUAGAACUUAUGUAUGUGUCAUUAUUUGCUGCUUAUCACAUAUCAUUAUCGAUUGAGGAGUGUAAAGCCUUUGCCAGUCUUCGCUUUACUUUGAUGCGUGCCAUAAUGGAAGUAUGCUUCACCCUGCCCCAGUAUCUGUGCGUUAGAGAUGUCGAUGAUGAGUAUGACGUGUCUUCUUUCUAACUCCCAGGAAGCUCCAAAUCCAACUCCCAUUAGACAGAUCUGCAAGUGUUAUAAUGUCAAAAUACUUUCAGCUGAGAAACUAUCGUCAUUUAAUCCCGUUACAGCCGGUAUGGACUUCCAAAAAAGGACAAACAAAACAUUUACAAGCAACUAACAUUUUUUUCCUAUUUCGCACCUCCAAUGUAUUGAGAUGUUGUAAACUUCGGACCUGUGCGUGGCAUUAAUGAGGGAUUGGAUGUGCUGAAUAGGCAUUUUUUCUGUUGCUUCUCAAUUUUUAUUGACACCUUUUCUGGAAAUACAUACUGGUCGUAACUUGAGUAAAUUAAGAUAGUUGCUCAGCCAAACUACAUAUUUGCUCAGUCAAACUCCAUAACAAACAUAUUUUGACAUUAUAACGCUUGCAUAGCUGUCUAAUGGAAGUUUGAAUCGGAGCUUCCUGGGCGUUAAAGACAUCUCUAACUCACAGAUACUGGGGCUGCUUCACCCCGUCUUCGGGGUGGAUGACUAAUAUCCUUAGCUUUUAGGAGUGAAAUGGAUACUUUUUAUUACCUCAAAGAACCACUUGACUGGAUAAAGAGAUGCAUGGAGUUACUGUAUGCUCAAGGAAAUACCUGUUUAGUUUUUAGUCCUUUUUCUGAGACCUUUGAGCACUUGCUGGUUUGCUAUUUUCAAGCAAAAAGGGGGAUUGAGAACGAGACUUCUUAAAUGCACUUCCCUUGCUGCACGAUGUGAAGGUGCCUUGGUGUUCCCACUUGUGGCCCCUUAAACUUGCAUGUAAGAGACACCCACUGUAGUCAGAAAUAGGGCUGACACUCCAAGGAGGGCGUGG